AGCUGUUAUCCGCUGAGAGGAAGAAGAAGCGGCAUACGUAACUUUUAUUUACAACUUUUAGCCAUGAAAAUUCCACCAAUUCGCUCACUCGCUUGGCUAACAACAAAGCGCACGGCGGUCACAAACGCCGGCAACCAGGUGCGAAUUGUGGAGGUGGGACCACGGGAUGGCCUCCAGAACGAACCCAAACUGCUGCCGGCAGCCACCAAAAUCGAGCUGAUCAAUCAGUUGUCCCAAACAGGACUGCGGACCAUAGAGGCCACCAGUUUCGUGAGUCCCAAAUGGGUGCCUCAGAUGGGCGACAACGCAGAGGUGCUGAAAGGAAUCCGCAAGGUGGCCGGAAUCAGCUAUCCAGUGCUCACGCCGAAUCUCAAGGGAUUCGAGAGUGCCCUGCAGGCUGGAGCCGAGGAAGUGGCGGUCUUUGGAGCCGCCUCGGAUGCAUUUUCCCAGAAGAACGUUAACUGCACGGCAGCAGAGGCCAUCGAACGCUUUAGGCCAGUUCUAAAGGCAGCCGAAAAGCAUGGAGUGCGUGUCCGAGGCUAUGUUUCCACCGUGGUCGGCUGCCCGUACGAAGGAGCCGUUGCACCGCGAGCCGUGGUCAAAGUGGUGGAGGCCCUGCUCGAAAUGGGCUGCUACGAGAUCUCCCUGGGCGACACCAUCGGCGUGGGAACGCCAGGCUCCAUGCGCCGUAUGCUGGACGAGGUGACCAAGGUCGUGCUGGCUAAAAAUCUGGCUGUGCACUGCCACGACACUUACGGCCAGGCGCUGAGCAACAUACUGGUCUCCCUGGACUACGGCAUUCGGGUGGUGGACUCCUCGGUUUCCGGCCUGGGCGGUUGCCCCUAUGCCAAGGGAGCCUCUGGCAAUGCGGCCACAGAGGAUGUGGUCUACUUGCUGCACGGCAUGGGCCUCGAUACAGGCGUUAACCUGGAAAAACUCAUCCAAGUCGGCCGGUUUAUCUGCAACGAACUGGGCAGGCCCUCCGAGUCCAAGGUUAAUCGUGCCUGGAAGGGUCCUCAGCCGCGAAACCAGUGA